CUAUCAUUCUAUGUGACCACAAUCGUUCAUUUUAUUUUUUGAUAACUUCAUAUCUUAACGAAAGUACUGGAUAUCUAAGACGCUACAAAAUGACUUCACCCACUACCCCUACGGAAAUCGACCACGACCGAGAUCUAGAGCUUAAAAGUAUCGUGAAAAGGGUACGUGACCUCUCAAUCGACAACGCCAAGCCAUCAUCCUCGUCGCGGACCAAAGAACAAAUCACCCCAGGUACCCAAACGUUCAAGAAGAUCGGAGAGGGAGGAUGUAGCGCCGUGUUCACACGAAAUGGAAGGUCCCUUGCAAUAAAGGUUUCCAAGAAAUCAAAAUUCGGUCAAUGGAACGACUAUGUGAUGCAAACCCUCAUCUACGAAGAGAUCAAACGUCACGACGUUGACGUAUUGGUGCCAAAAUGUUACUUCUUCGUACCGGCAAACGACGAGAAAUUCUUCGACAAGAACCCGGCUCUGGUUGAAGCCGCUCGAGGUGUCUGCGAUAUCCCGACGGAUAUCCUUGUCUGCGAGCGAAUCCCGCCCUUGGACGAACCGACAAGGGCUGCUCUCAUCAACGAAUAUUGUGCCCCAAGACUUAGGCUGAAAGCAUUAGCUGACCCUAAGAACGACGACUGUCUCGUAAAAAUCUACCUUGGCUCCAUGGAGGGGAAAACCGGAGAAACGCCAUUCUCUCUCAGAAACCUCGAGCUGCACCUCAAUCAGAUGGUAGAGAUUAAGUUGGAUGUGGACCGUAUGGCCUCCUCAGUUGGCCAAGCAUUAGCUGUCAUGCAUUGGGCCGCGAACGUUGAUGGCUGGGGUGUGCAGUUCGUCUUGGGUAGUUCGAAUGAGCCCUUACCCCCGAGUUAUCUAGAGGUCGAGGAGAUGGAGCCUUCUACCUAUACGGGCCCAAAAUCUCGAGUUAUCGAGCACUUUUUCCGCGGGAGGACCAUGCUAUGGAUGCUCAAUUUCGACCAAGUCCAACCCAUCACGAUGGAUGCUGCGGGCGUUUCUCAGGCAGUUGACGCUGCAGUGUUCGGCGAUGCUUUUCUUCCCAGGCGUUAUUCACGAGGUCCAAUCGAGAAACGCGUCUGGGAAAAUUUUCGCAACCAAUAUAUCGAGACUUCAAACUUUAUCCUGCAAUACGAAGACAGGAAAACUCAACAAUUGCCACAUAGUUUCCUAGAUCAGAUAAGCAAGCUUGAGCUCCGCAAGAAGAGUACGUGGGCUAAGGAUUAAGAUAUAUAGUUAAGGAAGAGCGAAGGACAGAGUUGUAUGUUUAAGGAAGCGUGGAUAGCUUUGCUUGAGCCUUAAUCUAUACAGCGGCAUAACUUCCAAUUUGUUGUGUUCUCAAGAAACGACCUCGAAUGAUUCUCAUACCACCAUCACUACCGGAACAUGGAGACCGGCAAUUUCUUAUCGAUGAAAGAUAUCUACAUGAAGCGACGACCAAAACAAAU